AUGGCGGCGUCCGCCCUGCGGGGGCACAGCGCUGUCAGGGCUCCCUGGCACCCCUGGCACCGCGUCCCCUCACCGCACCCUUGGCUUCCAGGCUCGCUGCACAACGGCUCCCGCUGGGCGCUCUCCUUCGACAUGUCGUCGCUCUCCAGCAGCCAGGAGGUGAGUCUGGCUCAGCUCCGUGUCCGCCUGCCCGGCCUCUCCCGUGCCCACAACGUGUCCCUGGACAUCUACCACAGCCAGCGCCGCAGGUGCCGGGGCGACGGGACCUGCGCCCACCAGCUCUUCCUGGGCACCGUGGCCGGCAGCCCCUCUGCCACCCAGGCCUCCUGGAAGGUCUUUGAGGUCACCAACCUGCUGCGGUCCUGGCUGCACCAAGCCGUGGUCCCUGGGCAUCCCAGUGCCGCGGGAAGGGGGCAGUGGGACGUGAGCGGCUCGGCCACCACUGCCUUGAGAGACACCGGCCACGGGGACCCCGCGCUGCCCCAGGACGCGGCAGACAGAGUCCUGCUGCUCGUCUUCUCCAAGGACAAGUCCCCAGGAGACCACAGCCUCAUCAGGACAGCGGAGACCUCCAAGUACAUCAUGCGGGACAGCGGCUCGCAGGGCGCGGGGACGCGCCGGCAGCGCAGGAACAGGAUGGAGAAGCAAAGGAUCAAAGCGAGCGACGCCGCCGCGGCCGCGCCGAGGGAUCGGGGCAGGGCGCUGUGCAGGAGGGUGGACAUGGUGGUGGAUUUCGAGCAGACGGGCUGGGGCAGCUGGAUCGUGUACCCCAAGAAGUACAACGCGUACCGCUGCGAAGGGCUGUGCCCCUCGCCCGUGGACGAGACCUUCAAGCCCACCAACCACGCCUACAUCCAGAGUUUGCUGCAGCUCUACAAGCCCAACCUGGUGCCGUGUCCCGCCUGCUCCCCAGUCAAGAUGAGCCCCCUGUCCAUGCUCUACUACGAGAAGGGUGAGAUCGUCAUCCGGCACCACGAGGACAUGAUCAUCGAGGAGUGCGGCUGCAACUGA